AUGCAUAAUAUCCUGCACAGGUCGGGCUACACGGGCUUUGCAGCAGCUGAAAACCGCAGGCAGCAGCUGAGGAAACGACAAGCACAGCGGGGGGGAAGCAGAGACAGAAACGACAGCACAGACAGCAUCGACCGGAGUGCGGUGGUGGCACGUGUGCACAGUCACACACAGGAUGGUGCCUGUCCCGUCGACGUGCUUGCUUUGCGGAAGAUCCAAAAAGAGUUGAUCGGAGAUUGUGCGAAACAGUCCGCCUGGAAGGUUUCCGAGGAAAAAGAGUUCAGGGACCGAGAGAGGAAAAUCCGCGUGGAGGAGCGUGGAGAGAUAUCGUGGAGAAGGGAAACAUAAGAGGUAGCAGUGAAGGGGCUGGUAGAGGUGAGAGCUUGUUGAAGUCAGUUUGGAUCCAUUGCGGCGACGAUCCACUGAUCGUAGAUCGUACAAGCCGGACCCGCCGCAAAUUGCCCACAGCGGAGGACGCAGCAGCAAC